UUCCUUUUGGAACUCGAAGGUGGGAGGUUGCUCUGUAGUUCUCGGUUUACACUAGCAAUCGUUGCUUCAUACUCGCGUAAAUGUUUCAAUUAAUUACGAUAAAACGCAUUCACAUAUUCGAUAAAAUUGUUAAAUCGCCUUUGUUCCGCGAUCCGCUAAAUUUUUAUCACAACGUAAUUCGAGAAAAUGGCUGAAUCAAUAAAGAGUGAAUACGCAAGCCACGUGGCGAAGCAACUUACCGAAGAAGAAAUUGUAAAGAUGCAGGCGCAAAACUCGCGAUUAGUUUCCGAAUUUCGAGCCAAUCAGUUGGAAAAAGACGCGAAAAAACAUUGGGAUCUAUUUUACAAACGAAACGAUACUAGAUUCUUUAAGGACAGACAUUGGACUACCAGAGAAUUUAACGAAUUAUUGAAUUUGAAUACGAAAAAUGAACAAAAUGUUCUUUUCGAAGUCGGUUGCGGUGUUGGAAAUUUUGUAUAUCCCUUGAUCGAAGAUGGAUUGAAAUUUAAAAUGAUAUUCGCGUGUGAUCUCUCUUCUAGAGCCGUGGAACUAACGAAGAAUCAUUCGUUGUACGAUCCAGAGAACAUGAAAAUUUUUCAAACGGAUAUUACAACAGAAAAUUGUUUUUUGGAGGUGGACUGCCCGGUGAACAUUGCAACGUUAAUAUUCGUUUUAUCGGCUAUUCAUCCGAAAAAAUUUAGGAAAGUCGUAGAGAAUUUAUACAACGUUCUCGAUAAAGGAGGAAUCGUGCUUUUUAGAGAUUAUGGUUUAUACGAUAUGGCUCAACUAAGAUUUAAACCUGGUCACAAGAUCAGUGAAAAUCUUUAUAUGAGACAGGAUGGUACCAGGACAUAUUAUUUUUCAGAGAAAGAAGUGUCAAAUUUAUUCCAAUCGGUUGGCUUUGAAGUAUUAACGUGUCAUUACGUUCAAAGACGAACUGUAAACUUCAAAGAAAAAAUCGACGUACCCAGAAUUUUUGUUCAAGGAAAAUUUGUAAAAUUCUAAUAAUAACGGAAAGGUUCCAUGGAUCGGUAAUUGAAGUAUCGUUGCAGCUAUAAUUGGAUGCUAAACACUGGAUUUAGAUUAUAAUAUAAUAGUUGAAGGUUGUUGGUAGAAGAAGAACUGAAUAUUUUAAAUAGGAAAAAUUAAAUAUAAAUCUCCGAUCAUAGGUAAAUAACUAUUUCAUUUUAAAAGAUCAAACAUUAUUGAUAAAAAAAUAUUUAAAUUAUUUUGUUACAAUGAUGUAAAACAUUUGCAAUGAUUCAAUGAUUACAUUCCAUUAGCUCUAUCUGAAAGUUAAAUUUCUUUUUCUAUUCACAAAAUAGAAGAAGAUAACUGGUAAAAUUAUGUUCCAUUUUUAUGUUUCAGGUUAUAAAGGAGAAUUUUGUCAUAUGAAAUAUAUAAUGUAUGCAAAAUAUAUUUUAUUAAAUAUAAUUUAUAAUGUUGUUUCUAAUAAAUAAAAUUUAACACAAUUUAA